AUGAAUGUUUUCACGAACCGCCGAGAGAAGAAGAACCUUCUGGAUCUAUUGGGGAUCGUGAAAUCCAAAGGGACCAUCCGAUGCCACCCGGUCAGUCGGAUUUAUUUCAUUCGGAGGAUCGUAAAAACACUGGAAAAGCUGAAGUUUCUAGGAGAUGAGAAGAGCCUUAAUGAUUAUGUACUUUUCUUUCAAGGAUCAUAA